CCGUGAUAUCAAUUCAGUGUGAAUAUCGCGUCUAUUUUUCGACUCUGCGCCCCACUCGAGGCCGGUCUACGUUGUUACAAAAAGAAAUCGACGUUUCGUCGGCCGCGAAAUUCGUCGCACGCACGGCGCAACGAAAAUUCGCGUUUUUCCCCGGAGAAGAGAAAAGGAUAGAGAGAGAGAGAGAGAGAGAGAAACCAUCAUUGCCGUGGCCUCGCACUAAUUCCGCCCGAUUUGCCGAGUUCGCGGGCCACCGGAUCGGCGUGGCGAGCUGCUGCGAUCUCACACAGCGGAUUCGACGAUUGUUGCUUGAAAUUGGACGCAACGCGCGAUUCUCGCGAUAUCGUCACGAUUCUUAUCGGCGGACGUGGAGGAGGCCGACAAUGGACUAGAAUUUCCCGUCCUGGCACCGCGGACUGUUUCGCAUCGUUCGUAAAACGCCAUGCGAAUAUAUUACCUGCGCUAAUGUAUGAUAAUCCGCUCACUGUGCUGAGCAAAUUUGCCGGGAGCUUAUCAUUCGCGGAAAUAACGCACGAAGAAAAACACUAAAGCACCUUUUGCGAAGCGGCUUUCGUGGAACAGGUGAUUUUCCCGGGAGUUUCGGGGAUCUGUUUUCUCUUACACGAUAACGCUUCGGAAAACUAAUCGCGAUUUUUACGCGGUUUUACACGAUCAUUGCGCAUCGUCGUUGAUCGGUGCCUGAAGAAUAAUUGUGUUGGUUUUAGAAACCGUGUUUGAACUUUGCCUUAAUCAGUAGUUUUGCCGUGGCUUAUCUAACCUGCUCGAAAUCGAACGAUAAGGGCGCUUCGACGUUUCACGAACGUUUCGACAUUUCACGACGUUUCGACAGUAUUGAAGAACGAGUCGAAAACAAUGACAAAAGACGAGGACGAGCAACCUCUCCUUAACGACACUCACAACGCCGACGAUAUCCUGUGGGACGGCGACAAUGACACCGAUUAUGAAGGUAUCGAGCAACCGGUGCGCGUAUCCGCGGAAGCCCAAGUGGGACAGGCCGCGGAGAUCAGCACGGUCAAGAUCGACAUCGAAGGUAUGACGUGCCAGAGUUGCGUGAGGAACAUCGAGGGGAUGAUCGGCGAUCGAUCUGACGUUGUCAGCAUCAGGGUGGUCUUAGCAGAGAAGGCUGGUUACAUCGAGUACAAGACGCGCGAGACCACGCCGCAGGAGCUGGCGGAGGCUAUCGAGGAUAUGGGAUUCACCGCAAGUUUGCCAGAAUCCGACGUCGCGAAGAACGAAACCAAAGACAUCUCCGUAACGCCUGCCGUCAGCACCUGCAGCAUACACGUUGACGGGAUGACUUGCUUGUCGUGUGUGAAGAGUAUCACCGGUGCUUUAUCCGAAAAACCAGGUAUAAAAGACGUAGAUGUUAGCCUGGAGAAUAAAGAAGCCAAAGUUUCUUACAGCACCGGCAACGUAACGGCUGAUCAAAUUGCAACAUACAUAGAAGAUAUGGGUUUCACCGCACAUGUGAAAGAGGUCAACAACAAAAUUCUAAAAGUACCUUCGAUUGUGCUUGUUAACAACAACCAAAAGAAGAUGGAGCUAUCGCCGCUAACGAAUGGUGCCGGUGAUGUGAAGGGACAAUUAUCAAAGUGCUUCCUACAUAUUUCGGGUAUGACUUGCGCUUCUUGUGUCGCCGCGAUAGAAAAACAUUGCAAAAAAUUGUACGGAGUAAACAGCAUAUUAGUAGCGCUGAUGUCUGCCAAGGCGGAAGUCAUGUACGAUCCCGACAAAAUAAGGGCGGUGGAUAUAGCUUCCAGUAUAUCGGAAUUAGGUUUCCCCACGACUUUGAUAGAGGAGCCCGGAACCGGAGAAGGAGAAGUCGAAUUGAAGAUCCUGGGGAUGACGUGUGCGUCUUGUGUCAAUAAAAUAGAAUCGACUGUGAGAAAAUUAUCUGGUAUACGAACGGCGGUAGUCGCUUUGGCGACGCAACGAGGAAUAUUCAAGUACGACACGGAGAAGACUGGUGUAAGAGACAUAGUAGAAAGUAUUAAUAAAUUAGGUUUCACAGCCAGUCUGUUAAGCAAUCGAGACAAGGAAAAUAGGGAUUAUCUGGACCAAAAGGAAGAAAUAAGCAAAUGGCGGACGGCUUUCUUGGUAUCUUUAAUUUUUGGAGUCCCCUGUAUGAUAGCGAUGACGUAUUUCAUGGUGGUAAUGUCCAUCGGUCACAAGACGCACGAAGAGAUGUGUUGCAUAGUACCUGGUCUCAAUUGGGAGAAUCUAAUACUAUUCAUGUUUUCCACACCGGUGCAGUUCUUUGGCGGCUGGCACUUCUAUGUGCAAGCCUACAAGGCUCUGAAGCAUGGUACGACUAACAUGGACGUUCUAAUCUCAAUGACUACUACAAUUUCGUACCUUUACUCCAUUGCCGUCCUCAUUGCCGCUAUGGUAAUGCAAGAGAAUGUCAGUCCGCAAACGUUUUUCGAUACUCCGCCAAUGCUCCUGGUGUUCAUUAGUCUGGGAAGAUGGCUUGAACAUGUGGCGAAGGGCAAGACAUCUGAAGCCCUCUCGAAACUGUUGUCUUUGAAGGCCACUGACGCAGUAUUGAUCUCUUUGGGGACUAAUAACGAAAUACUCUCUGAGCGUUUAAUCAGCAUAGACUUAGUGCAACGUGGCGACGUGCUGAAAGUGGUACAAGGUGCUAAGGUACCGGUCGACGGGCGCGUUUUGUCUGGCCAGUCGACCUGCGAUGAGAGUCUGAUCACAGGUGAGAGCAUGCCGGUACCGAAGAAGAAGGACUCAAUGGUGAUCGGCGGCUCGAUCAACCAGAACGGCCCGUUGCUGAUCACCGCGACACACACGGGUGAACACACAACGCUGGCGCAGAUCGUACGCCUAGUGGAGGAAGCGCAGACAAACAAGGCGCCUAUCCAACAGCUAGCCGAUAAAAUAGCCGGCUACUUCAUACCUCUGGUCAUACUUGUCUCCGUGGUGACGCUGCUGAUCUGGAUCACUGUCGGCUAUGUGAACUUUGAGAAAUUGCCCAUCUCGCACGAUGAUCAGAUCGAUAAGCAUGGCAUAAACCGUGAAGAGAUUAUUUUCCAGUACGCCUUUCGUAGUGCCUUAGCGGUGCUCGCGAUCGCUUGUCCUUGUGCGCUCGGCUUGGCAACGCCAACCGCGGUAAUGGUCGGCACCGGAGUAGGCGCACUCAACGGCAUCCUUAUCAAAGGCGCGACGCCAUUGGAGAAUGCACACAAGGUGAAAUGCAUCGUCUUUGACAAGACGGGUACAUUAACACAUGGUGUGCCCACCGUUACCAGAAUCGGGAUGUUCGUAAACGAGAAGAUCUGUUCCUUGGCGAAACUGUUGCUCGUUGUUGGCACAGCAGAGAUCAACAGCGAACAUCCGAUCGCGUCGGCAAUCGUGCGCUACGUGAAGGACACGAUCGGGUCGGAAACUACCGGGCAGUGCACGAAUUUCCAGGCGGUCGCUGGCUGCGGUCUCAAGUGCAAGGUGUCUCAUCUGAACGCCGCUCUGUCUGACGCGCUGAAGUCCGAAAAACUCAUCAACUACGUGAAUCAGACGAAUACGAUAUCGGCCGGCACAUACAAUCUCAAUGAUGUGCCCAUCGACAACGUGCCAAUCGCGACGUCGUCGCAGGAGAGGCAAAACUUAGAUCUGCAAUUAUUGUUAAAUCCGGAUUCCCAAGGCGAUCGAGAUACUGCCAACGACGUUUACGAAGUCUGCAUCGGUAACAGGGAAUGGAUGCGCAGGAACGCGAUCAACAUUCCACAGGAGGUUGAGGUGAGAAUGGCUAGCGAAGAGGAUCUGGGCCAUACCGCCGUUUUGGCCGCAGUGAAUAAUGUCCUGGUGGCAAUGAUCAGUGUCGCCGACACCGUGAAGCCCGAGGCGCACCUCGCAGUUUACAUCUUGAAGAAGAUGGGAUUGGAAGUGAUACUCCUGACGGGCGAUAACAGGAAAACUGCAGCUUCGAUCGCUAGACAGGUCGGCAUCAGCAGAGUCUUUGCGGAGGUGUUACCGUCGCACAAAGUGGCGAAAAUUCAAAGAUUGCAGGAUCAGGGUCUGAGAGUCGCUAUGGUGGGAGACGGUGUCAACGACAGUCCCGCUCUCGCACAGUCUGACGUCGGUAUCGCUAUCUCGUCAGGCACCGACGUCGCCGUGGAGGCUGCCGACGUGGUUCUGAUGCGCAAUGAUCUGCUGGACGUGAUCGCGUGUUUAGACUUAUCGCGGAAAACGGUCCGCAGGAUAAGAUUGAAUUUCUUAUUCGCCAGUAUCUAUAACCUCCUGGGCAUUCCCAUAGCUGCCGGGAUAUUCAGUUCCUUCGGCUUCUUCCUACAACCGUGGAUGUCCUCGGCCGCCAUGGCUCUAAGUUCAGUGUCAGUGGUAGGAAGUUCUCUGUUAUUAAAACUUUAUCGUAAGCCGACCAAAGCCACUUUGGAGACCUCAGAGUAUCUAGCAGCUAUGCACGCACACUCCACAGCGCAUAUGAUCGACAUGGACACGAUAUCUCUCCAUCGUGGAUUAGACGAUUCGGUUAUGCCGGUCAUGCAUAGGUCGACUUCCACGUUAUCCAGAAUAUUUGGGAAAUCAAAGCUCGAUGUAGAAGGACAUCUUCUCAGCGAGGAGGUAGAUGAGAUUGAUUUGGCUAUUGAUUUUUCGAGAUAUCGCAAAAACGUAAAGGACCAGAUGGACAUUACUUCCGUAUAAUUCAUUCGUUGUAAGGAAAUAUAUUCGACGAGCAUUUAUCUUCUGUUAUUUCGAGUAAAUUGUUAAAAAGAAUUAUUUCUAUUAUUACGUUUCUAAUUACAGUGUUAACAGAAGAAACUGUAAAUAGUCUAACUGACUGAAAUAAUAUUAUUUUAUGACAUAUUUGUAGGAGAGUGCAUGUAUAUAAUCUCGUCGUGUUAAUUAUAUUUUUACAAGAGUAUCCUCUGCCAAAACUACGCUUUAUCGGAAGUAGUGCCAAUAAACUCGCACGAGUUUACCACGUCACCUCGUGCAUCUUCCUAAGUGAUUUUCGUAUUCAAACGUACUGUAAUCGACCCGUGUAAUUUUAAAUGAACUGCGUGUAUUAAUAACUUAAUCGCGAUAUUAAUUGCGAUAUUAAUAACUUAAUCAUAAACUUAUUGAUAUAACAGGGUAACAGUACUUUUUCUUUUUUUUACUGUCAUUGAUAGUUUCUUUAACAAAUACAGAUUUUAUUAGUACUUUUCAAUGCAUUACAUACGAAUGUACUUAAUUUGAGUACUAGACGAAAGAAGAAUGUACAUUUCUUGUGUCGAAAUAUAAUAUAAAUUUCUUAAGUUAUAA